UUUCUUGCACAUGCUUAUCAAAUGAGUUAGACUCCCUUGCUUGUUCGUGAAACUCCCUAAACAAAAAGUGCUUGGAACUUGACUGUGGCAUGAGAAUCAGUUCAUGAUUUUGGCUUCGUCGGUAUUCGUCUGAGCUCUGAGCCGUCCGCCCGUGAGCCCGAAGCCAAAAUUCCCCACCGUCCUCCGUCGAAACCCUAGGGCCGCCACCUUACCGGCCCACCGUCGGCGGUGGCCUCUUCACCGACCUCCGCCCCGCGCCACCUCCGCCUUCCUCCUCGUCCGUUUCGGCGGCCUACGGAUCGCUCCCUCGUCGUGGCGCCCCCUCGUCGACGUCGUGGUGCCUACGGAUCGUUCUAGGCCGUUAGCCGCACUGCGACCGCACUGUGAAUCGAAGCCGCACUUCGGCGCGUCCGAUCCAGAUCCGGCGCCCUCCUCCGCGCUGCUGCCGCUCCCCAGCAGCUGCAGCGGCUCUUCCCCUCCUCGAGUCCCGAGUCCUUCGUUCGCUCGAGUUGGGUUCGAUUCGGCGACGAGUAGGUUCUUUGCGGGGCUGAGGUGAGCAUCGGCAUCUAAGAUAGUAUGAGUACAGUCAGUGGCACAAGGCAUGCCCCGAGGAGACAGUCACAAGAUGGGUCUGAUGAUAAAGUAGUUGUGAACUUGGAAGCAAGCACCCUAGCAGUAGGGAGCCAUCGUGGAGUAUCGACCGCUGUUGCUGAUGCACGCACCUCACCUACUGAUGUGGAAGCCAUCGAAGAUGAAGUGCAGGCAGUAUCGCCCUCGCUAGUGCCCCCUCAAAGGAGUAACAGGAAGACUAGGAGGCAACCUGUAACAGUUAACCUGCCGGCCGGAUCCUCAGAUUCUCAAUCUGGUGAUACGGCAUCACAAGACGCAAGCCACUCGACGGAGGAAGCGACUGUGUCAGCCCGUGGCAGGGAGCAGUGCGGUCACUACGACCAUGACACUGCCCACUUGGACAAGGUCCUCCUGGAGAUCUUGUCUUCCAAACAUGUUGUGUCGUGUGAGCAUUGCCGGGAGGACGCCCCAAGAAAGAAAGGCAGUGCGGGAAGUAAGGAGAAAGGCAGUAAGAAGCAGAAGAAAAAAGGUGGUGGCGCAAGAGGCGCAGCUGCCAAGGUGCAGGUAAAGGUGGCGAAGAGCGAUAUGUGGGUCUGCUUGGACUGUGGUCGGCAUUUUUGUGGUGGUGCAGGAGCUGACACCAAGCCAUAUGGUCAUGCUAGAAGGCAUGCCAAGCAGGACCGACAUUGGUGGGCUGCAAAGUAUGAUGAUCCAACCGUUGCAUAUUGUUUGUCAUGUGAAAAGGAGGUGUCAAUUGAGAUGCCUAAAUUAGAAACAGUUGUAGCAGUGACAAAGAAUGAUAAGAUGGUUCGUACAGUGGAUAGUGAUGCAUCGGCUUUAGUUAAUUGCCAUGGUAAUGUUAUUAAAGGGCUUCCAAAUCUUGGAAACACAUGCUUCUUCAAUGCAGUGCUGCAGAAUCUCCUUGCGCUUGAUAGGUUGCGCAGGAAGAUGUUAGGACCAGAUGUUCCGACAGGGUCCCUUGCUAUGUCUCUGAAGAAGCUCUUUGUAGAGACAAGUGCUUCAAAUGAUGCUGGAGGUGCACUUAGCCCAAAGAACCUCUUCUCAAAUAUUUGCUCAAAAUACCCGCAAUUCAGGGGCUAUCAGAUGCAAGAUAGCCAUGAAUUACUCCGUUGCUUUCUUGAUGGUUUACGUACAGAGGAAGCUGAAGCACAGAAGCUAGCAGAGGAUGAUUCCAAUGCAGGGGUUCCUACAAUUGUCGACUCCAUCUUUGGGGGCCAACUGUCUAGUACUGUGUCUAGCACAGAAUGCUCUCACAAUUCCGUUAAACAUGACCAGUUCCUUGAUCUGUCACUACCAGUUCCGUCAAGGAGGCCUCUGGCCAAGAGUGUUUCAUCACCACCAGCAAAGAGGACCAAGCAAUCCAUACGAGAUAGGAACAAAAAUCGCAGAUAUGGGACGAUUUCUGCUCGAGUAUCUCAUACUGUAGAGGAGAGUAACAAAGAAAAGAUUCAAACAGUUGCUGAGUGCAAUGAUUCCCAAAUUCCUAGUUCAGAAUCGGGACAGGUAGUCAGCGAGAAAGAACAUGAGCCCUCGGAAUGCAGUGAGUCAUGUGCUUCUGUGUGUAAUCAAGAACUAAAGGUCACUUCAAAUGUGGAGGAUAACAUGAGCUGGUUGGAUUAUGUUGCCGAUGCAGGUGAAGCAAAGUCUGAGAUUCUUGAUUCUGCAGAUUCUGCUGAUGCAGGACAUAUUUGGGGAAGUAAGGAUGCCAUACAUGAUUCAUUUCAUCCUCAGGAUGAUGCCUUACCCAAAGAGCAGAUCUUGGGUUCUGAGCACUCCGGUGAGAACACUCUUGACCAUGCCACCUCAUUACAGCCUGUUAUCUUGCUUCCUUACAAAGACACCACCAAAGAAUUGGAUGAAACUGAAGAAAGUUCACAGAAUUCAGGACAUGCAACUCUCCCUCCAGCUGUCUCUCGAGUAGCAGAAAAUGAUACACAACCUGCAUCUGGUGGAGAUGUAGAGCAAGAUGACUAUGUUGGUCUUGGUGAUAUGUUCAAUGAACCUGAAGUUAUUUUUGAUGUCGAGAAAGGAAGCGGUAAAGCUGAAGAUAUUGAUGUGAUGGCUUGGAGUAGCAAUAGUGCUGAUGAUGAGGUGGAUGAUAGUAAUGCUCCCGUAUCAGUUGAGGGUUGCUUGGCUUUGUAUACUGAACCAGAGCUGCUGUCUGAACCAUGGUACUGUGAGCACUGUACUAAUGCAGCGCGCCCAAACAUUAAUGAAAGAAAAAGUAUUGUGGAGAUGAUUGAUAGUGUCAAUAAAAGAAAGGAGAGUGAGGAGACAAUGCCAGGUGGUGAUGAAGAACAAGAUGGUGAGAAGUUGGUCAUGAGCUGCAACAAAAAGGAGGACGUUGACCAGUUUGUGGCAACUGAUGGUUGCAAUGUACAUUCAGAUAUGCACUGCAAGGAAGGUGAGUACGCAAAUGCUUUGUUGGCUGAGCCUGAACAGAUCUCCUAUGGUAAUUUUCCAGACACUGGAAAUACGACUGUACAUAAAACAGGUGUUGUGUUAACUGUUGACAAGACCGAGCAGUCAAACAGUAGUGUUUACCAUCAGGAACAGUGUAAAGAUUUGAACAGCUCAGAAUUGGAAUGCACAUCUUUGAGUAAGCAAUCACAUGAUUCAGCUAUCCAACAAAAUGAUGGAUGUAAUGUGGAUAUAACUGCUGAAGCAACAAGUGCACCACCUAGUGGUGGUGAUAAUGAUUCAGUUACUUGCAGUGUAACUAACAAUAUAAAAUCUGAAUGUGAUGGUGGUGCUGAAGAAGUUGUGGCUAACAGCCUUCCGUCUGAUGCACGAAGAAUCUUGCCGAAUGCGAAAGAUAUUGAAGAUGUCAACACAAGGAAUCAGGGCAGGAGGAAACGAAUGAAGAUGGUUGGUAAGGCACAUCAAGUGAAAGAUAACCAAAAUAAGCAGAAAGAGGAUGAAAUAAAGGUUUUCAGAGCUGCACUGAGAAGAAUCCUUAUAAGCAAGGCUCCGCCUGCAUUGACGAUUAAUUUGAACAGAUUCAGCCAGGACUCUCAUGGCCGGUUUAAGAAAUUGAAAGGGCAUGUGCGCUUUAAGGAAAUGCUUGAUAUACGACCAUUCAUGGACCCAAGAUCUAAGGAGAAUGACAACACCACUUAUCGUCUAGUUGGCGUUGUAGAGCACAUGGGAUCCAUGACAGGAGGUCACUAUAUUGCAUAUGUGAGAGCUGGCAAGAUCGGGGGUCGGCAGCAGCAGAGCAGUAGCACUAAGUCUUGGUUUUACGCAAGCGAUGGACAAGUCAGAGAAGCCUCUCUGCAGGAAGUUCUUAACUGCGAGGCUUACUUACUUUUUUACGAAAGGGUGGGAGACUAAGAUAAAAUGUUUGCCAGCCUAUUCAUCAUUCAGUCAUUUAUCAGGACAAGAUCAAAGGGAUAAAGGCAGAGGUGGGAAAUGACAUUUUUUUGGAGCCAUCAGGUCCAAUGAGUCUACAUACUAAUACAGAUAUCGUAGAAGUCCAUUUGUUCCUUGGAUCGAGUCCAGGUGGCUUCAAUACCGUUUGUCUACUCGGUUGAAGAAAUUUUCACAAUUGGACUUGAACAGCUCAUCUGUUCAUACUUCCUACAACCAUUUUUUGUCUUUUGGGAACAUAGAUGGAGGUAUGGAGAUUGGUCAAAGCUGGGAGGGCUUUGUUUAACGGUUCAUAGCCAGCUUAUUACAAAUUCUUUAGCAUGCUGUUGCCCCUAAAUUUUGAGUGAUGGGGCAUAUACUGGAACGGGUUUGGGCCCAUCUUUUAGUGGCUCUUACAAAGUUGUUUUUACCCUUAUUGUCCGGAGAUAAUUGUACUUGAGAGGUCUUCUUUUAUGUUCACAUUACCUUAUUAAUUCCACGUUCGAAAAUUGGGUUUCAGAGUCUGCUACCCGUGUGAUAUAGCAGAUAGCCUUGCUGACAUGUGUUAUAAUAUUAACCUCAGCCUAGCUGAAUGAUAGCUGAUAUGGUACUGACUGAAAUACAUCAUGUUUUUCAUAUUACAGCUAUAGUGCAACUCUUGAUUAGUUCUUUUGGUAAUUGUGAAACAUCGUUUAGGUUGCCUGUUCCAAUUUGAAAGUCAAUUGUUGCUGUUGUUUUAUAGAACAAAAGGUAUGUUUUCCAGCAGCACCAAAUUGUUUGUUAUGUAUUCAAUAGAACAGAAUUAAUUAUAUAUUUAUGGUUUAUGGCGUCAAAUUUCAGAAGCAUUCUUGUUAAUUUUAUUGCCCUUUUUGUUGCCACUUUUUCAGAGAUGGAAUACUUUGAAGAAACGAACUAUUUUUUAAUACAGCAGGGAUUGUAUUUGUUCAUCAGUGUAAUAUCAAAUGUUCAGUUAGAUUCUUCAAAAAACUCUAUGUUCAUCAACAACUCCGACAAUUUGGGGUUAAUGCCUACAGUGUGCCACUAAGAUGACCGUAUCUCUGAUUAGACUAUGGGGAUAUACGGUAUUUCAAUAGUGGUGACACAUCUAUAGGCUAUGCUGAAAGUUAUUUAUAGUUUUCAGUUUCUGGUUUA